AUGGAGAAAUUGAAUACCUUGCUGAUCGCAAAUCGCGGUGAAAUCGCCGUUCGCAUCAUCAAAACAGCCAAAGAGCUAGGUGUCCGUACAAUUUCAAUCUACACUGCCGCCGACGCAACCUCGCAACACGUUCGGGCGGCAGAUGAAGCGGUCCUACUACCGGGCGACGAUUCUACCGCAUACAUCAACGGGAAUGAAAUCAUAGAAAUCGCGCGUUCCCAUCAAGUUGAUGCCAUCAUUCCGGGCUAUGGAUUUCUGUCGGAGAAUGUGGAAUUUGCCCAAGCUGUCGCCAAUGCCGGGAUGGUGUUUGUGGGGCCCAGGCCCGAAGCCAUUGAAGCUUUCGGGCUAAAGCAUCGAGCACGAGAGAUCGCUGUGGCAGCCGGCGUUCCAAUUGUCCCCGGGACACAGGGACUGCUCGUUACAGAGGACGAGGCAGUGGAAGCGGCGAAUGAAUUAGGAUAUCCGGUCAUGCUGAAAGCCACCGGUGGCGGUGGUGGUAUGGGCUUGAUGAUAUGCAAAUCAGUGGAUGAGGUCCGAGAGUCUUUGAUACAAGUUCGCUCCCGAGGAGAAACGCUGUUCAAAAAUGCGGGCGUGUUUAUGGAGCGUUACUAUCCUGAGAGUCAUCAUAUUGAGGUUCAGGUUUUUGGUAAUGGCCUGGGAGAUGCAAUUCAUAUCGGAGAGCGAGAGUGCUCAAUUCAACGCCGUCAUCAAAAAGUCGUUGAAGAGUGCCCCAGCCCGUUCGUGGAAAGCCAUCCAGGUCUACGUGAAAGGCUCACCUCUGCGGCGGUUGCUUUAACCAGAUCUAUUCGCUAUGGAUCUGCAGGCACAGUCGAGUACCUAGUCGAUGACACAUCGGGAGAUUUCUUUUUCUUGGAGAUGAACACUCGACUUCAAGUCGAGCACGGUAUCACUGAGCUCUGUUACGGGCUUGAUAUUGUAAAGCUCAUGCUUCAACAAGCCGACCGGGAGUUGUGUGAUCUCGGAGGUCUGGAUAAGGGCUAUCUGGAAUCUUUGCAACAAGACAAGCCUUCGGGCUGUGCAAUUGAAACUCGUAUAUAUGCAGAGAACCCUGCUAGAAACUAUGCUCCCUCCCCUGGAUUGCUUCAACAUGUUGAAUGGAGGGAGAUGGGCGGCACUCGAAUUGACACCUGGGUCGUUACUGGAACUCGAAUUUCCACAUAUUACGACCCUAUGAUCGCAAAGGUCAUGGUACAUGAUUCCAACCGGACAGCGGCUAUUGAAAAAUUGGGAGAUGUCUUGUCGCACUCGACCAUCUGUGGACCGCCGACAAAUUUGGACUUUCUGCACGCCAUCACUAACUCCAGCAAAUUCCGCACGGGGCAUACACUGACCAAUUUCUUAACCGAUUUUGAGUUCACGCCGGCUGCGAUCGAUGUCGUAUCACCAGGUUUGUAUACAACAGUUCAAGACUAUCCAGGACGCCCAACAGCUGGGCGGGGAAUUCCACAAGCAGGACCAAUGGACCCUUUGGCAUUUCAAGUUGCCAACAUCUUGGCUGGGAAUCCUUCCAACACCGAAGGCCUAGAGAUCACAUUGAAAGGGCCGGAGCUACGUUUUCUAGCCCAUGCUUGCAUAUCUGUCUGUGGCGCUCCAAUGGACAUGUCACUCGACGGUACCGACGUCCCAAUGUGGACACGACUCUAUGUCAAAGCUGGUCAAACCUUAUCAAUCGGAAAGCUCAAUGGAUCCGGAGGGUGUCGAGCAUAUCUCGCUGUUCGUGGAGGCUUUCCGGCAAUUGCCCCAUACUUUGGGUCAAAGUCAACCUCCCCAUUACUUGGGAUUGGUGGAUACCAAGGAAGAUCGCUCGCCCCCGGUGAUAUGUUGACGAUUUCGAAGCUCGAUGGAGUUGAGGCAGAGCCCGAGAUCUCAUUACCCGCCCAUUUGCGCCCCAUAUACUCCCAUCACUGGGACAUUGAUGCCAUGGUUGGGCCCUACGAUGAAGGGUAUAUUGUAUCCGAAGAUAUCGACAUGAUCUAUAAAACAGUCUGGGAUGUUUCGCAUAAUGCUACGAGAGGCGGCAUUCGCCUUGUUGGACCUUCUCCUAGAUGGGCAAGGGAAGAUGGAGGUGAGGGUGGACAGCACCCUAGCAACGUUAUUGAAUACGGGUACCCGAACGGAACACUGAACUGGACGGGAGACAGUCCCUGCAUCUUCCCCGUGGACGCCCCUGAUCUUGGUGGCUUCAUUUCCUCCACAACGAUUGUGAAAGCCAGUCUAUGGCGUAUGGGUCAACUGAAAUCUGGCGACACAAUUCAAUACCGCAGAGUAUCAUUGAAAGAUGCUCUUCGUGCCCGAGCUGAGUUGGAACAGUUUUUGGAAAGUGUGUCAGCAGUUGUAGCCGGCCAAUGCGAUUUUGAUACCGUCGAGCCAAUCUCCAAUUCCACCUUGCCAGAAUCAACUGUUUCUGGGAACUGGGGAAAGGCGUUGAUUUACUGCACCGAGCUGAGUGAAUCCGGAAUUCCUAUGACAUUUAGACAGGGUGGGGAUGAGUUCUUGUUGGUCGAGUUUGGCGAUGGAAAAUUUAACCUCAAUCAUCGCUGCCGAGUAACGGCAUUGGAUCAAGCUCUCAAGAAGUCGCAAGAGUCUGACGAAAUUCUGAAACGAGCUGUGUACAAGACCACUGGAUGCUGCAAUUCGCUACUAAUCCACUACGAUGGUCUGAAGUUCUCCCAGGAUAACCUUGUCAGACUUUUGGUAUCGUUGCAAAAAACGAUCGGCGAUCUCAGCAAUUCCAACGUCCCAAGCCGAAAGUUCCGUCUUCCCAUCUGCUUCGAAAGCCCAGCUCAGCAGGAAGCCGUCCAGCGAUACAUGGAGACACAGAGACCACAUGCUCCAUUCUUGCCGAGUAACAUGGACUUCGUGGCCAAUAUCAAUGGGAUUACGUACGAUGAAUUGGUAGAAAUUUUCCUUUCGGUCGAAUUCAUGGCUAUUUGUGUCGGGUUCUUCUGUGGCGAUACAAUAUGUCUGCCGGUCGAUCCCCGCUAUCGUUUGACAUGCCCCAAGCAGAACCCUAGUCGUGUGUACACCCCAGAAGGAAGUGUCAGCUGGGGUGGUUCAUGCAUGAACAUCUAUCCCCCCGGUCUGUUCCGUGACUUCGACCAGAUUACCUUCUACCGAGUAGAGAAGGAAGAACUUGAGAGUGACUUGGCGCGUUUCCGGUCUGGUUGUUAUAAAUUCCAGUACGAAGAUGUCAUUUUCGAUAUGAGCGCCCACAAUCGUCUUCUUCAGCAAACUAGAGAUGAAGUAGCGGCAUUCAAGUCUCGCCAAGCCACUUCACAGGUAAAAAUGUUAGCCUUGGAAAAGGAAUCAAUGGACAGGUGGAUGGUGGAGAAAGCGCAGAAUCACGUUCUUCCUGAUGAAAUUGAACUACUGAAAGAAGACCCUGAAAUUGUGACAUUGUAUGCUCCUCUCGAUGCCAACGUGUGGAAGGUUAAUGUUUCCAAUGGCGAUGUUAUCUGCUCUACGAAAGUUGUUGCCAUCCUUGAGGCAAUGAAAAUGGAAGUCUCCGUCUCCUAUAAUGGGGACAAGAGGGAUGGUAUUGAUCAAUCUUUUAGGAUUGAGAAAGUACUCGUCCAGCCAGGUGAUACUGUUCGGGCCGGAGAUGCGCUUGCAUUUUUGAGAAAUAUUUGA